UUGUCCAAUGACUACAUGUUUCUCGCGAAGAAACUGUGCACAUGGAACUCACUUUUCCAAGCCAUAAACUGGUGGAUUUUGGACUCGAGAGUCCGAAGGCCAUGUUCGCAAACUUCCCGAGUGUUAUGCGGCCAACUUGAAGGGCAUUUCUGUAUCGUAGACCACAGCAGAUAGCUGAGUGGAGCAGAUUGCCCAGAGUCUCAGACAUGGUUUGCCCGUGAGAUCCAACCACUAUACACUGCUGAUUCGGUCCUUCUAAUGAACGGAUUGGCGGUGAUUACAGAUCGCAGCGAGCGGAGGGAGUCUCGAAGAUUCGCUGUCGCAAGUGAGAUGAUUUUGAUAUCAGGCAACGUGCGUUGCUGGAGUGGUGCAAUUUUUCUCGAGGUUUAGGAGGUAAUGUCUGCCUGGUGUUGUUUUUCACCAGACAGCCCUCUCAAUACACCUUACGAGAAUCGCUAUUAUUGCCAACGUCAUGUCACGCCAACGAGCAGCUCUGCAGCCUCCUCCUCCGCUUUUGUCAGCUGUCCCACCCGCAGUUGUGCAUGAGUUUGCGAAGGUGGCAGUAACUGGACUUUUGAAGGGUGAGACUUCUUCAAAAGGUUUCACUAAAGCUGCAAAGCAGUUACAAACGACAGUUGAGGCAGUGUCGCAGGCUGUAUCUGCCGUUUCUAACAUCUACUCGAGAGCAUCACGAGCUAAUCUUUCAUACCAACAGUUGGUUGACUUCCUGGCAAUUCAGGGUUAUGCGGAGGCCUUGAGACUGGCUUUGGCUGAUUAUUUCAUUGAGCGGGUUGGGGAGAUUAGAGAGUAUGUUUCAUUAGCAGUGCUACAGAUGCCUACGUAUCGAAGUUUGGAUUGGCGCUUAGAUUUGCAGAUCGCUAGCAGAAGCUUACGGCAUCAGUCGGCUCCAGUCUUCGUCUUGAGCUUGACUAUACAGCCACCGCGAAUAUUUCAGAAAACCGAUAAGGACGAUCAAGGUGAAGAAACGAAGGUGGUUUUUUUGGAGGCGAAGUACGCAACUUUGAAGGCAGUAUGUUCUCAGCUAGAAUUAGCCAUCGGGGAGGCACGGAGUGGUGCUCACGGGCAGCGUGUUAUGCGGCUUUUUAAGUAAACUUGAGUGAGCUCUUCUCUUGCAGUCCUUCAGGAGGCGUUUACAGACAAGCUAUGGCCAUCCAGUGAAUUUGAACGGCUUCAGCUCUGAACGUAUAUAAAGUAAGAGGACACCUGAUUGUGAGAAGCCGCACGGACUCGACCAUUUCAUGUUUGUGUUAUACAAGCCCGAUGGUCGAUCAUCAACACCACCGUCAUGUUGAAGUUAGGAUCUUUUUACAGCACUGUUUCCUUGUUAUUGUAUAAGCUACUAUAAUUCAUUUCACUGGACAGAAACACGUGGACUCGCUUAUCAAGUUACACCCUAACAGCCUCGUAUACUGCUCGAAUUUCACACUUGAACAUCAAUGCGACAAAAAAAUCUAUGGAAUACAGAGUCCUCCAUUACUUGAUGCCUCACUGUUACUGGCAUUCUUUGUCUGCU